UCAAUACAGUCUAGUCAACGUUACUCCCGUUAGCGAUUUAUUGCUUGUUGGCUGCGCUGGAGUGAAGAUGAUGCAGGCGUUGUCGGGGUUGAAAUGAUGGUUGUUUUUAGGCAAGCAACUCCUGGCUGGCUGACGCCGCUGCUGUUGCAACGACACUGGUGUUCACCUUCAUCUCUGAAUUUCAAAUUCCGUGCAUCUCGUCUCUUGGAUGCUCCGUAGGCGCGCCGUCGAGGUCAGAGCGCAGUACCAUGCGUUUGUUUUUACGGUUCGCACAGAGUUGCUUGCUUCGCCAUUCGUUGCACUGGACUAUAGUAGCCUCAUUUUAUCCAAUUAACUGUGGACCUACGAUGAUCGCGGGAGAAACGUACGUUCCUGUGUUGGGAGUAAAAUUGGUUUAGCCGCAGGCGCUCGUGUGUGAGUGAGUGGUUGGCGUGAUCAAGGAAGACGUGGCAUAUUCAGUGUGCAGCUGGACAAACACACACACACACACCCACAGGCGUACUCACAUAUUGACGAAGAAGACCAAGACAUCGCUAGGGAUCUCCAUCUCACAAGGCCAAUGACCUUCAACAGUGAUUAUCUUGUUGUUGCAUCCCAGGCUCUGUGAUGGAAAAUCGUGAUGAUGAAGGAGAUCACCACCAGCACAGCACACCGGGCGACGAGGCAGGCAAUGCAGGGGACGGCACCCCACCCCCGAAGCGCAAGGGCAAGUUCUCCACCCUGGGCAAGAUCUUCAAGCCCUGGAAAUGGCGCAAGAAGAAAAGCAGUGAGAAGUUUCAGGAAACUUCAGAAGUCCUGGAAAGAAAGAUGUCGAUGAGACGGCCACGGCAGGAGCUGAUCGAGCAAGGCGUGCUGAGGGAGCUUCCUGACAACGAAGCCGAUGACGGCCACCACGUGUCCAAGCCGCCUUAUGUGAAGAACGGACACACCCUACCAGUGAGGGGCCCUGGGGGUGGACGGGGCCACGAGGCCGGCAGGCACCCCUCCGACACGGACCACCACGCCAACCCAACCUGGCUGCCCCAGCUGGAGGAGCAGUGGGUGCGCGUCCCCCAGGACGUGGAGCGGCGUGGCGGGGCCUUGGGUCACCGGGCGCCAGCAGGCCAGGAGGAGCCCAGAGAAGGCCGGAGAGGAGGCCGGCAGGGCGGGGAGGAGCGGAGGCCGGGGCCAGGGCACGGACACGGACCGGGCUGGCACACGGAUGACGGGGGGCGGCGUGGGGGAGGAGGCCGAGGGCACCUGAACGGGGAGAAGAGACCGGGUCUGCAGAAGGGACUGUCUGAGGACGGCCGGAGGUUGCGGUCCGAGGCCGAAUGGAAGCCCACCCUCCCCAGGCACGCGUCUACUGAGGAGGGGAGAGGACGCAGAGAGUCUGACAGUCACUUUGUGCCCGACUGCGAUGCCAUCCGGGACACCUUGCGGGAACCCCUGCCCCCGAAACAGUCAGUCAUGCCUCCGAAGUGGCUGAUGACCUCCACCCCAGAGCCGGGCACCGAGGGGCCGCCCCGGACCCCUGUCCACAACCCCCCCGCCGCCUUCUCCUCGGCCUCCUCCUCGUCGUCUGCCGGUGGUGGCAGCAAGCCUCUCAGGGCAGUGUCGUCCGCUGGUGGCAACACGCAGUCUUCGGGCACGCUGCCACCACCCUCGUCCUCUGCUGCCUCUGGUGGUGGUGGUGCCACCCAGCAGGCGAAGCAGCCCCCGGUCCCGCCCCCCAAACCCGUCAACCGCAACAGCAACGCUGGCAUGCUGGCAGCGGCCAAUCUCCACGGGGGAGAUAACCCCCAGCUGCCCCUCUACUGGUCCUGCUGGAAGCGGGAGGGCGAGUACGACGUCUACCUGUCCCUGCCCGUCUACCUGUGCAAGCGUCCGGGAGCUGUCCGCGCAGCUGAGAUCCACCAGAUCAGUGGAGGCCACAGCAUGAUUCCUGCCAAGCCCUCCCCACCCAUGCCCCCUAAGAGAACCACACCGGUCACCAAGCGCAACACUGAGGACCCCUCUUCCUCCUCCACCCUCCCUCCCCAGAGCUCCCCGGCCUCUUCCGCCCUGACCCCAGAAGACCUCUCCGGCCUGCCCGCGGGCUUCCAGCUGCCCCCGCCGCCUCCCUCCCCACCCCUGCCCUCCCACAUCCCCCCCUCGCCCCCACGGCUGGCCCACACGCACUCCCACCUGCUGCCCCACCAGCACUCCUACCCGCACCCCAUCCCCCAGCCCAUCCCGCCGCCCCAGUUCGACGCCUCCAGCCCAGAGGAGGAGGAAGAGGAGCCCCCACGCCAGGCGCCCGUGCCGCUGCACAUCAUGAUCCAGCGGGCACUCAACUCGCCCGGGCCAGCCGUGCCACACCCGGACAGCUCGCAGCGCUCCGCCCACGCGCUGCUCUUCGAGACGCCGCCCGAGUAUGCCGCCGACGCCCGCGGUCGACCACUUCAGGUCACCAUCCAGCCCCUCAAGAUGCACGACGACGACUACUCGGACGAGGACGAGGAGGACGACGAGAUGGACGAGGAGGACGAGCCUCCGUCAGAGCACCUGCACCCCACUCAGCCGGAGCUGGAGCCGCGGAGCCGGCGGUGCAUUGUGGGCGACCCCAGCAUCAGCGUCAUCCCCGAGGGGGGCGACAGCAGCGAGGAGGAAGACGAGGAAGACGAAGAGGACGGAGCGCGGCGCAUAGGGGAGGAGAGUGACUCCGACGGGCCAGUGCUCUACAAGGACGAAGACUCGGACGAGGAUGAGGAGGACGAGGAGCCACCUAGCGCUCUGGCUAGCCGGGUGAAGCGGAAGGACACUCUGGCGCUCAAGUUGAGCAGCCGGCCAUCGGCCCCAGACCGCCAGCAGGCGGAGCGGGAACGCCCGGUGAGGGACCGGCCGCCGGGGCCAGACUGGCCAGGCCGAGGCGAGCACACAGGCCUCUCGUGGCAGAGCAAGGAGCAGUGGGAGGCCAUCCGUGCACAGAUCGGCACCGCGCUGACGAGACGCUUGAGCCAGCGACCUACAGCAGAGGAGCUGGAGCAGAGAAAUAUCCUUCAACCCAAGAACCAGGCCGACCGGCAGGCCGAGGUCCGCGAGAUCAAACGCAGACUCACCAGGAAGCUGAGCCAGAGGCCCACUGUGGCUGAACUCCAGGCCAGGAAGAUCUUGCGUUUCCACGAGUAUGUAGAAGUGACCAGUGCGCAGGACUACGACCGCCGUGCUGACAAGCCCUGGACCAAGCUCACGCCUGCAGACAAGGCUGCAAUCCGGAAAGAGCUGAACGAGUUCAAGAGCUUAGAGAUGGAAGUCCAUGAAGAGAGCAGAAUCUAUACAAGGUUCCAUCGGCCCUAGCCCCCUUGCAAAACUGGACUAUGAAGCACUUACCUGCCGAAAGGCAGCAAGGCCAAGACGUGCAUUUCUGCUGGAGCCUCAGGGUCCUAGUGCCACCCGCCUCUCUCUCUCUCUGUGUCUCUCUCUCUCUCUCUCUCUCUGUCGGACUGCCUUCAACGUUUCUGAAUGUACUGUAUAGACCAACAGGGAAACCUGGACCACCACUUAAAAGCAAAAAAAAAAAAAAAAAAAACACUCAUCAGUCCCAUCCGCUCACAUAUGUAAAUAUUAACAAAAAUGCACAGAGGGGCGGAAGCGCAGAGGCUGCCAGGUCAAGCCUGGAGGAAUAGCUGCAGUAUUUCUCCCCCACCACCGGGGGGCAGUCACAUGCCAAGGCACUAAUGUGGCUUUUUUGGAGGGGACGCAGGACUAAACCAUUACACAAGAAGAGGGACAAGGUAUGUGGUGGCUUAACACACACCUGCGACAGUCCUCAGGGAGCAGUUCAGGAAGCGGACACACCUCCCUCUCCACCCAGUCCGCUCUGUUUGGGAGCGUUCAGGAGAUCACUGUUUACUCUCUCUUGCGCUCUCUCUCUCAGCUUUUACAUUGGUAUGGCACAGUUGUUUCGCUCUGUGGAACUGUAAUAAAAUUAUUCACAUUAAUAGUAAGAAUGAUGAUAAUUAUAAUAAUAAUAUCUAUGGUGACAAUACAGUAAUAAAGCAUACAGUAAUAAUAAGUGUUAGUUACCGGUUGCUAUGAAGAGAGUGGGCGUGGACAGCCAGAAGGACUGCAAGGCUGUCCAUGCAUGAAGGCACAAGCUCUGGGAUUACGUGUUUAUACGUGAGUGUAUGUAUGUGUGUGUGUAUAGACUGUUGUAAUAUUUGUCAUUUAGACUGACAGUUUGGAAGGUUAUUAUCAUAAGAUGACUGUAAUUGUCAAAGGUUUUUUUUUUUUUCAUUCUGAACACAACAUUAUGGCCUUUCAUGAAACUUUCUUUGAAGGUUGCCAGGUUACAGUUGCCAUUUUAGCCACGAAUUUAGAGGACAAAGAAAAUAGCAUCAUUAUUUUAGUUGCACUUUUUCUCUUUGUUUUUAUUUUAUUUUAUUUUUUUUACAUGUUUUACAAUUUCAAAAUUUCCUAUUGCUGCUGUUGUCAUAUAAUGAGGUGCAGAUCAGGUUCAUUUCAGGUUAGAAAUAAUUGAUCUGUUGUGAAGCCCUGAAACACAAGGUCCACAGGUGUUCAACCUGAUAUCGCACACUAAUUAUAGUAAUAGAGCAGACGUACCAGUCAGAAUGUACAGACAGUGCUCCAAAAAGCACUGAAACAUGUAUGUUUUAGCAGAUGAAGACAGCGACUGAAUAAAAAGGUUCACUGAACACUUUUUAAAAUUGAUUUUUAUUUUCUUGUGGCAGACAGGGAAACAAUUUCGGCAGGAACAUCCAUAUUUUUCACUGCUUCUCAAGUGUGUCUCAUAAUUCAUGGCCAGUAGAAGAGAAAGUGUUCUGAUGUAUAGAUUGAUUCUGUAGAUUAAACUGGCUGUGUAUAUCUGGUCUUCCUUUUAUUUUGAAAAAUAUUUUAAAUAUAAUAAAUGUGAUAUAGGUUGCUAUUUUUUUAAGCAAAAAAUAGUGUAUGAUUCUACAAGGACUCUACAAGAAUGGGGAUGCCUAUUCUAUUAUAGAGAUGUACUGUAUGUUUCUUUUUUUAAUAUGACAGUAAUAUUUCAGUAACUGACGAUAACAAUUUCUCAUAGCUGUAAAGUCAUCUCAAAAUCUCAAUUAAAUGCUUUGAGUAUUAAGAAA